AUGUCAGGAAAAGAUUUACCAACACGAUGCAUUCGAACCUUCGAUUCGCAUGAGGGACCCGUUCACAUUGCACGCUAUAACUCAAGUGGCGAAUACCUUCUCAGUGGAGGACAAGACAAAAGGGUGUGCUUAUGGAAUCCAGAGACCGGUUUACGUAUUAAAACAUACACCGGACAUGGAAAAGAAGUAUUAGAUAUCAAUGUCACCAUGGAUCAUUCGCGUUUCGUCUCUUGUGGAGGCGAUCGUCAAGUCUAUUACUGGGAU